GCUGAAGGAAAAUGGACGUACUAUCGCAUUACAGCUCACCCGUGGUUGAAUUUCCGGCAACACAGCCGCUGGAGAAGCAGCACGCCCUGGUGGACAACUGUACGGGCACUGAUCCACCGUCUUCUAGCAAAGAUGCCGCCACCGAAACGCAUGAGAUGCUGCAUGUGGCCACACAAACGGAGCGACGAGUAGUUAGCAGCAAGGAUGUGGAAUACGAUGAGAGGGCUUUGGCCAAGUGGCUGCGACAAAUCUAUCCCAUGGUAGAACGAGAGCUAAUGAAUCCCACGCUUCUGAUGGAGGAUCUAACGAUGAGUCAGUGCCGCUUGGAGGAGGAACUGCAGGUGUACACGUACCAGAAGCUGGCAAUGGGUGGUGCGGACAACUCGCAAGGACUGGCCAUCUGGUUGUGUGUGCAUACCAAUAAUGCUCCAGUUCUGGUGGCCACCACGGUAGCUCCCCAUGAUGACUGGUGCGAGCAUGUGGAUCAGCAGCUAAAACUGUUUGUUCCCCAAAGAAUGUCCAGUGGCAACCUGGUGAUGUACACAGAGGCCAAAACUCUGGCCCUAAAAUCCUGCUUGCGGAGUCUAUGCACAAAUCCGUUCAACAAGACCAUGUUCGCUGGUUCCACCAUGGAUGGAGAGCUAUUCAUCUGGCUAUAUGAGCAGGCGAGGGGUUCCGAUUCCAGCGUCGAUAUCAAACAGCUUUACAGUGUGUCGUCUGCCCAGGGUGCUGCAGUGGCUCUGGACUGGCCGAGGGCACAGCUUCUGUUGGCCUGCUUUGCCAAUGGCAGCGUUCGACAGUGGGAUUUGAGCAGGCAGAUGGCUCUGGAUUGGGAGUACUCCCUUCCCGCAACGAUUACAUCAGAGCCCACGGCAAUGUUGACCCUUGGACUGGAUGAUUUCGUCGUGGGCACUAACGAUGGUGGCGUCUAUCGCUGCUGGAACACUGGGCGCCAAACCGCAGCCACCAAGCAGAUCAAAUUGUUGGCCCUACGGCGACAUCUUUUCAUGGUGACCACGCUGAUUCGCACUGAAAUGGAAGGCAACCAGUUCGUCCUGAGCUGCGAUCUCAGUGGGCAAGCCUUCUAUCACGAUAUGCGUCUUGUGGAUGAGGAUAUGACUCAGUUGAUAGUACAAAUCCCACUACCCUUUAAGAACGUAAUCGCCUGCAGUCGGGAUGGGAACAUCAUCUACUGCCCAGCCAAUGAUGGAUCACUGGAAUACUAUAGAGUGAGUGAUGGAGCACAUGCCCACGUCAAGGGAGGACUUCGCGGCAAGGGAAGCCUUAUCCGAAGUAGCGACAAUGGACGCUGGUUAAUUGCAGGCCUCUAUGGCGAUGAAUUCCAGAUAUUUUACGUAGAAUACUAAACGGUCGAUUUGGAUUUUGUUCUCAAUAAUCGCUUGUAUUUGCAUGACU